UUGGUCGUUAUGCAGGAAGUUUUCAUAUUAAAAAGAAACCAAGCAGGGUACCUCACGAACCCAUCGUAUUGGAAAGCGCGAUGAGCGAGAAUGACAUGACAGGAGCAUUUGAGAUGAUGAGCUACGAAGACCAGCCUGAAAUUCUAAAAAAAGAUAGCCAAUUCCGUCGUCGAGCUCAAAAAGCCAUUGCUUCCACAGUUGCAGAUGCAAUUUCCAGA